GAAUAAUAUUCUCCGCCGCUUACUUGUUCGUAAAAGACUUUUAAAAAGAGAGAGAAGAGAGAAGAGAGAAGAGAGAAAAUGGGAGGUGUAUUAUCAUCUGUGUUUGGAGGUGGUGGAGAAGAAGCAGUUGCAGCGAAUGAAUCCGAGCAAAGUCGCGUCAUGAAGUUUAGCUCAUCGGCUCGGUGGCAGCUUCACUUCAACGAGAUCAAAGAAUCCUCGAAACUGCUGGUGGUUGACUUCUCAGCAUCCUGGUGUGGACCUUGUAGGAUGAUCGAGCCUGCGUUCAUCGCCAUGGCUGCCAAGUUCACUGAUGUUGAAUUCGUCAAAUUGGAUGUCGAUGAACUUCCCGAUGUGGCUAAAGAGUUCAAUGUGACGGGGAUGCCAACUUUUGUGCUGGUGAAAAAUGGUAAAGAGAUUGAAAGGAUCGUUGGAGCAAGGAAAGAUGAACUUGAGAAGAAAGUUCUCAAACACAGGGCAUAGUAAUCCAUUAAGUUUACACCUUCUUCACCAAUAAGCCAGUUGUGUAAAACCUAUAUUAAUAAAUGGCUUUGUUGAUUCCUCUUUGUCCUUUCUUUUUGAUUGAUUGAAAUGGUUUGUUGAAAAUGUUUUAGACUCUGCUUUAUGAUGAUUAAGUUUAUGCAUCUA